AUGAAGCCAUACGGUCUUUCCCUAGGCAUACUAGGACUCCUCGUGACUUGUUUCACAACAGCCUAUUCAUCUCCCACUCCACUCGAUGGAGAAUCCUACCCUUUAUCCAGAAGUAAUCUGAGUGAAUGUGACUGUUUUAUAGUUUCUGGGGAAGACCCGGGAUACUUUCAGCAAUACAAGCUGUGGGACUUUCGUUCUGUUCCCUUCAACGCUCAUGUCGGUCUGCCGCCAGACGCGGACGACGAAGAUAAGGACGACGAAGAUAAGGACGAAUUCACCGAUGAAGAUGAUGGCAUCGAUGAUGACGGGCAGGAGGACGAUCAAGGCAACGUCGACAACAGUACUCAAGACCACCCUCUUUACCUAUUUCAAACUCCCUUCCACAAAGAUUGGAGCAGCCAGGAAUGGAGCCGCUCUCGCAACACCAUGUCACCGGUGAAUAUGGUCAAUUCCAAGAAAAACCUUUUCUUCACCAGAGCCAAUGGAGAGAAUUCCGAUGCAACCUACCUUGUCAUGCGAGCGACCCGGCAUUCUGACUUUACUUCCGCGGCCGAGAUCGAGACUCGGGUACAGAACAUCUUCCGCUGCUCACUCCGGGUCCGAAUGCGUAUCUUGCCAGUCAAAAUGGACGUGUCGGAGCAUCCCGAUUUAUCAAAAUUGAAUGUCAAGCAAGAGAUCACAUCCAGAUUCAGCAACUUGACGCAAAAAGCCAAUACUACCCUCCAGGAUCCAGAGAGGCCAUCUCCCGGUGCGUGCGUUGGUAUCUUCACAUACGGUGCUAAGAACUGCGAGUCGGAUAUCGAAAUCCUCUCUAGCGACCCAACCAAUCGAGUCCGCUAUGCGAACCAACCCGACUACGAUCCUGGAACCGACCAGAUGAUACCGGGUUCGAGCACAGUUGCCGAAUUGCCUGUCCCGUGGACAUCGUGGGCUACUCAUCGAUUAGACUGGCAGAUUGAUAAGUCACGUUGGUGGGUGAACAACAUACUGCAAGACACAAAAACUUAUCAAGUGCCCAAUCUCCAAAGCAUGUUAAUCCUCAACCUUUGGAGCGAUGGUGGUGAAUGGACUGGAGACAUGAAGAUCGGAGACAAAAUUCACCUCGGAAUCGAGUACAUCGAAUUGGCAUACAACCAGUCCUCUGACGGCAGCGUCAUACUUCCACCCGAUGAAGGACAUGGCGGUCACCAACGACCGCAAGAUCAUCUGUCUGCGAGAGAUGAUCAUCUGAGACAUGACUUAUUCGAGGAAGCCACUGGAAUUAUGACCGGUGUUGUGAAGAAGCGGUGUAGGAAGGGUAAAAGGGGUCGCAGGUGCAGAAAGAAUGAUAAGGAUAGUGAUCGAAAGGGGGGAAAUGGUCGAAAUGACUGGGAAAAGAAUAAGAACGGUGCAGAGCCGAAGAUCUGCCGUCGUGUUUGUAAUGUUGACGACCACCAUUUUGCCGAUGCGUGA